UCGUCCUACGGUGGCCGGGAGGAACCAAACCGGUCGCACGGCAUACCCAUGUGCAGUCUGUUAUCAUCAUACUGACAAGUUAGCCUUACAAAAAUACUGUUUCUUCAUUAAUUUGAUUAUACCAGUAAGCCAAAAUGGGCUCCAAUACAAACGGCAAAAAGGACGAGGACUGUUUGUUCCUGGAGCAUGUUUUGGAUAAGCUUUAUGACUUUGGAUCAGUACCAGAAAAGAAAUCUCAGAAGAAGAAAAAACGAAAAAGAUGUGAAGAAGAGGAGGAAGAUAUCUGCAGUAAUACUGAAGACUACAGAGAAGAACAUGUUGGGACUGGACACCAGCAACCAAAAACUGAGCAAACAGGUCCAACCAAUCGGCAGAAGAACCAGGUGGAAGUUGUCACAUUUCAGGACCCCACAAAGAAACUCAAAACUAAGCAGACGCCAGCCCCUAACAAAAUCCCUGCCUUUCAGAUAACAGAGAAGAAGCAAAGCGACCAACCAGAAGAACUCAAUUUGGAAAAGGCUCGUCUGGAGGUUCAUCGGUUUGGAAUCACAGGCUAUAAGAAGGAGCAGCAGCGGGUUUUUGAACAGGACAGAGCAGUCAUGCUUGGAGCCAGACCUUCUAAGAAGGACUAUGUCAACUACAAGGUGCUUCAACAGCAAAUCAAAGAGAAAAAGCAGAAAGCAAAGGAAGAGGUUCAGCCGGACUUGCAGAAAAAGAAGAAGCAGAAUAAUCAAAGAGACAAAAAGAAGGUGCCCUCGGGUUCAGGCUCGGCCCUGUCUGGUCAGGUAGGCCGCUUCAAGAAUGGCAUGCUGAUCCUCAGCUCCAAGGAGAUCCAGAAAAUCAAAGGCAGCAAGAGAGGAAAAUAGGUAAUAGAUGAAAUCUUACAGGUUGGAGGACAUCAGCAGACCAGAGUGACUCAGCUCACUGCAACGUGGUUCGCAGCCAAACACGAAAAGAAGAGCAAAUGGACAAACUGCUGCUUUCCAGAUGAUAUGUCAGAGGUCCACAGUGAAAGAUGGGAUGGUGUUACUAGUGACUGCUGAGUCAGAAAUCCAAUUUAUCGAUCAUCCAAAUGGACCCUGAAGGUGCAGUGUGGUGAGCCGGUAAUGCACAAGACUGAAGACUCUGUCAGAUCGUAGUCAUCACAGUUAAUUUAUUUUGUUUUUAUAAAUGACCAAAAAAGGAGA